UUCGUGCGUAAUGCAAAAACCAAAUCUGAAUCAUUACUAACAUGACAGCUGAACCCUCAACAAUAAGUAGAGCAGAGAGAAAAUAUAGGCUCGCAUCCACAGACCUCGCCCUCAACAACGAGUAGUGAACGGCUGGUGGCGAUAAUACACAACUGAGGAGGUAAUAACGAUUUUCACAGGACGGCGAAGAAGAGACUUCCUCUGCCUUCUGAAACCGUGCUCAGAAAUGGCGGCGUCUUUGUGCCGAAUCGGGAGCACCGUGGGUCGUGCCCUCGCCAAAACCCGCAGUCCCAUCCUGCUGUCUCUGAGGCGUGGGCAGGCCUCAGUCAGCUAUGCUCAGAGCCUGGUGGGAGCCCCUGAAACCCACCUCACUACCCUGGACAAUGGUUUGAGGGUCGCAUCUGAGGAGACUGGACAUGCCACAUGCACUGUUGGACUGUGGAUCAGUGCUGGCAGUCGCUAUGAGAGUGAGAAGAACAAUGGAGCAGGCUUCUUCCUGGAGCACAUGGCCUUCAAGGGAACAAAGAACCACCCUCAGACAGCCCUAGAGCAGCAAGUGGAGUCAAUGGGGGCUCACCUGAGUGCCUACACCUCUCGGGAGCACACUGCGUACUACAUGAAGACCCUGGCCAAAGACUUGCCCAAAGCCGUGGAGUUGCUGUCAGAGGUGGUCCAGAGCUGCUCGCUGAAUGAGGCAGAAAUCGAGCAGCAGAGAGGUGUGGUGCUGCGCGAGCUAGAGGAAGUUGAGGGCAACCUGCAGGAAGUCUGCCUUGAUAUGCUGCAUGCCACAGCCUUCCAGGGCACUCCUCUAGGACACAGCGUGCUGGGACCCUCUGACAAUGCUAGGACACUGACCCGCCAGGACCUAGUGGAUUACAUCAACAGCCAUUACAAGGCCCCUCGCAUGGUGCUGGCUGCUGCUGGAGGUGUGAACCAUGAUGAGCUGGUCACUUUGGCCAAGUCUCAUUUCAGCGGAGUGUCUUUUGAGUACGAGGGAGAUGCCGUCCCUUUGUUGUCACCCUGCCGAUUUACAGGCAGUGAGAUUCGUAUGCGUGACGAUGGUUUGCCUCUGGCACACGUUGCCAUCGCUGUCGAGGGGGCCAGUGCUGCCAGCCCAGACAUCGUGCCUCUCAUGGUGGCCAACUCCAUCAUUGGCAGCUAUGACCUCACCUACGGCGGUGGAAAGCAUCUGAGUAGUCGUCUGGCUCGCCUGGCAGUGGAGGAGAACCUUUGUCACAGCUUCCAGGCCUUCCACUCCUCCUACAGCGACACCGGCCUGCUGGGCAUUUACUUUGUGGCUGAUAAACAUUACAUCGACGACAUGAUGCACUGGUCCCAGAAUGCCUGGAUGAACCUGUGUACCACCGUGACGGAGAGUGAUGUAGCCAGAGGCAAGAAUGCUCUGAAGGCCAGCCUGGUUGGACAGCUCAAUGGUACAACACCAAUUUGUGAUGACAUCGGCAGACACAUCCUGAACUACAGCCGGCGUAUUCCUCUGGCCGAGUGGGACGCUCGGAUUGAUGCCGUCACCCCCAGAAUGGUUCGUGACGUCUGCUCCAAAUAUAUCUACGAUAAGUGUCCUGCUGUGGCAGCUGUCGGCCCCGUUGAGCAGCUACCCGACUACAACAGAAUGCGCAGUGCCAUGUACUGGCUCAGAUUUUAAGAUACGUUGUUGUAUUCUUCUAUGUGUCCCACGUUUCCUCCUCAACUUUACCAUGCUUUCCUCAUGUCAUCACUACGUGAGUGAAGGAUUGUCCACAUGUUGGCUUACAUCACAGACAUUGAUCCAUCCUCUUUCUUCUCCCCGCCUCCCUCUCUUAACCCGCCCACUAAUCACUCUUAGUUAGCCAUGAGGCAGCCAGCCUGCACAUUGUACGCAUUGGUUACCUCUUGAUUUUACUGUACAGGUAUUCAUCAACUGGUACUGACUUGCAGAGGGGAGGGGAGAGAGGGCGGCUUUGAAAAUAUAAAAUGUCAGCUACUGGACCGGUACUGAAUACAGCCAGUUUGGAGUAGGAGUAUAUUUAUAAUUUCUGUAACAAUUAUUUCCGUCUUCUAUUGUACAUAACAGAAGCUUUCAUUUCAACAAAAAUAAAAUACUGUAAAAUAUUGA